UUCAUGGUGAAGAUUAAGUCAAGCAAAGAUGAACAGGUGGCAAUAACCUACAGGAUCAGUGGACCAGGGGCCGAUCAGCCCCCCGAGGGUGUUUUUACUGUUGAUCGACGAUCUGGAGUGCUGUAUGUGACCAAGCCGCUGGACAGGGAGAAAACAGCGAGAUACAGUCUGUUGGCCCAUGCAGUGAAUGAGGGCACAAAUGCUGAAGAGCCCAUGGAGCUUAUUAUCAACAUCAUUGAUCAGAAUGACAACGCACCAAAAUUCACUCAGAACCCUUUCUAUGGCAAAGUGAGCGAAAGCGCAGACGCUGAUGACUCUGUCAUGAAGGUGACAGCAGUGGAUAAGGAUGACCCACAGACAAACAAUGCAAUAAUUAGGUAUCGGAUAAAGACUCAAUUGCCCACAGAAGACAUGUUUGCCAUAAACCCAGUGAGUGGAAUGAUCAGUGUGAUGGCAGGUGGACUGGACAGAGAGACUCACCCAGAGUUCAAGCUGAUCAUAAUGGUUGCUGAUAUGGAGGGGGAGGGACUAACAGCCACCUGCACUGCUGUCAUCACCAUUACUGACAGCAAUGAUAAUGCUCCACAAUUCCCCAUCACAUCUAUUUCCACAUCAGUGCCAGAGAAUGAGGCUGGAGUGGAAGUGGUAAGGCUAAAGGUCACCGACAAGGAUGAGUUAGGAUCUCCAAACGCCAACACCAAAUACUCAAUAAUCAAAGGCAAUGAGGGGGAACACUUCAGCAUCACCACAGGCUCCAAUAAAAUGGAGGGAAUCCUCACUACAGUCAAGGAACUCGAUUUUGAGAGCAUUUCUGUCUUCACUCUGCUGGUGGUGGUGACAAAUGAGGUGCCAUUUUCCGGACCGGUGUCUACCUCGACAGCCACAGUCACUGUAACAGUCGUGGACAAGAAUGAGCCUCCUAUUUUCAGCCCAGCAGAGAUCCAUGAGAUGAUCUCAGAAAAUGUGGCGGUAGGUAGUUCUGUGGUCGACCUCAGAGCUAAGGACCCAGACACAGCCAGGAAACAGAGCGUUAGAUAUGAACUGUAUAAUGACACUGCCAGGUGGUUGAUUAUCGAUAAAGACACCGGAUCCGUCAAAAUCAAAAGCAGUAUGGACAGAGAAUCACACUAUGUCAAAGACAGCAAAUACACAGUCCUAGUUUUGGCUUAUGACAAUGAUACAGUCCCAGCUACAGGUACAGGGACUCUGGUUGUGAGUUUAUUGGAUGUGAAUGACCAUCACCCUUUGAUCAAGCAGAGGAAAGCCAGUCUAUGCAACAGUGAGCCUUUUCCUGUCCAGCUGGAUAUAGUGGACCUAGACGGACCUGGUCAUGCUGGGCCGUUUACUGUGGAGCUUCAAGGAGAGCACCGGAUCAACUGGACUGUUAACACCAAUUCCACAAGCAAUGUGGCAGCUCUGGCUCCCAGACGGGAGUUGUCUCCUGGGGAUUAUUAUGUGCUGAUGCGCAUCUAUGAUGUUGACAUGCUCUACCAAGACAGCACACUAAAUGUAGAGGUGUGCCAGUGUCAAGGGGCCGUCUCCUCCUGCUUCAUCCCACGUUAUGCUCCUCAUCUACAUAUCUCUUCUCUCACAACCUCAGUUUUGGGAACAAUUUUUGGUGCUCUGUUACUGCUCUUGCUGCUGCUGUUGUUGCUGAGAAGGAGGAGGAGGAGGAUGGAAAAAGAUGUCCCUCUACUUGAAGAACCCAGAAGCAACAUCUUCUACUAUGAUGAGGAGGGAGGAGGUGAAGAGGACCGGGAGUAUGAUCUGAGUCAACUCCACAGAGGGCUGGAUAACCGUCCUGAGGUCUUCUGCACAGAUGUAUAUCCUACUGUCCAGACCCACCCAUGCUACCGCCUGCAGCCCCAAGCCAAUGAGGAGAUCUGCAACUUCAUUGAAGAUAACAUGAAUGCUGCAGACAGUGACCCCACAGCUCCUCCUUAUGACUCGCUCCUGGUGUUUGACUAUGAAGGUGUCGGCUCUGAGGCAGGUUCGCUCAGUUCCAUCAACUCCUCAGACUCAGAUGAGAUGCAGGACUUUCAGAGCUUGGCCCGCUGGGGGUCGCGUUUCAGCAGAUGACGGAGAACAUGUUCCAGGAGGGGCUGUACCAG